UAUAAAUAGAGAUGAACCGCCGCGUUUGGUUUGAAGGAAGAGCAGAGAGAAAGGAAAUGGAGGUAGGUCCAAAGGUAGUGCUUCUGUUGAGAGACCCAGAGGGCUUCGGCCAAGCCAUCUCCGACGCGUUCCACCCUAACCCAACUGCUUCCGUCACAGAGGAAAGCUUCGAGCUUUCGCUGGAGCGCUAUGGGAUCCGAAAUUGCAAAGCUUCUGGAAAAGUUCGUCACUUUCUUGAUCAGCACGGUCAACAUGAGGUGUCAGUGUUGCUUAUGGAAUAUUAUGAAUCACCGAUACUAGCAUGUGCUUUUAAUGAAGUUCUGGCUGAACUAGCAGGACAAAAAUCAUCCUCAAUGCCCACCAUUGUUGCCCCCUUUUUCGUUGCAUCAUCCAAGCUUAAAUGGGACAGUAAAUCUGCAACAAAGUUUGACAGCAAAGGUUCACUUUAUGGUAUACAGAUAGGUCCAGAAACAGACAUAAGCAAGGCCAUCAUUGCCAGAACCCAGAAAGCACCACCGUCAUUACAGAUUCAUCAUGAACCUCUAGCCUGCCUUCUUCAGUUGGUCCGUGUCCUGAAUUUGCCAACUCUUGUUCUUAUAGGGCAAAGGGGUCAGCGAAUUUCUGAUAAAGAAGAGCUUGAGAUACUUUAUGAAAUUGGGGAACUUUUGGCAAACACUUGUAAGGUAAACUUCUCAAGAGGCAAAAUCACAUGGAAGCCAACAAAAAAAUCGAAGGAUGAACAGGAGCCAUGGCGUGCAUUGUAUGGUUAAUUCGGAGUCAUUUGUGUCACUUAUGGCUUGAACCAUUGACUGGACAAUGACUUUAUGCAGAUUCUCAGUUUGUGAACUGUGCAUGGAGAUAAUGAAAAAUGCUUUUUGCCAUAAUCUACUUUUGGCUUUUCUUUUUUGUUAUUUCGUCCCUUUGGUUUGGUUAGUGAAGUCCACUGUCUUAGAAAUAGGGGUUGCACUGAGGUAACUAAACAGGUACCAAUUGUAGCUUUUUGUGGCCAAAGCUGAUUCUACAAUCAUUCUGAUAUAAAGUAGCCUCACCUUGUCUA